AUGAGGCUGAAAGAGGACCGGGGGACCCUCAGGGGAGGUCCCAUCUUGCUGCUUGGGCUCUGGGCACUCCUGGGUCCAGUCCAGUGUUCUCCCGGCCGUCCCUUGUGGCGCUAUAUCUCCUCUGAGGUGGUGAUUCCCAGGAAGCAGAUGCACCGUGGGAGAGGCAUGGAGGUGCCAGGCUGGGUGUCCUACAGCCUAAAAUUUGGCGGCCAGAGACACGUCAUCCACAUGCGACUCAAGAACCUGUUCAAGCCCAGACAUCUGCCAGUGAUGUCCCAGGAUGACCAAGGAGCCUUACAGAUGGACUAUCCCUACGUCCCAAGAGACUGUUACUACCUCGGCUACCUGGAGGACAUUCCCUACUCCCUGGUCACUGCUGACACGUGCUACGGGGGAAUCAAAGGUAUUAUGAAGCUGGAUGACCUCGCCUAUGAAAUCAAACCUCUCAAGGAUUCCCUCAGGUUUGAACAUGUUGUUUCUCAGAUAGUGGCAGAAAGAAAUGAAACAGAGCCUGCAAUUAGACAACGAUACACAGAGGCUACUGACUCCUUCUUCUCUGCAGCAAAUACCAGUGCAGCCCCGAGGCUGAGUGCUACAUAUAAGGCUUCCCAUGCAGGUGGUAUCCAAGGCCUUGGUCAAUGUUCUUUUGCAAUGUACAGUGUAUUGAACAACAUGUCGAAAGCCGUCAGAUUUUUGAUAGAUAUUGGUAGCGUAAUGGAUGCAAUAUUUUGGCGUGUUCAUCUGAGGUACUAUGUUGUUGGUUUGAUGGUAUACAAUCAAGGGGAUCCGGGCGCUAUCAGCAGUUAUAAUGUGCCAGGAAGUCCAUUUUAUAUGUUUUAUCUAACAAACCUCUAUUCAGCUAUUCCACAUUCCUCAUCUUACCUGGUGGAUAAGAAUGGACCUUUUGACUCAGAAUUUAAUUCAGCCCAUUCUUGUAUAUGCAAAGCAGAAGGUUUAAUAUACGUUGGCUUUCUAUACAGACAUUAUCUUCUUCUAGGUGUGAUUGCAACACAACAAGUUGCGAGAAAUAUUGGUCUACAUUACGAUAGCAAUGAAUGUUAUUGCUAUAGGAGGACUUACUGCGUUAUGCAAAGAUACCCUGGGAUAACAGAUGCGUUCAGCAACUGUAGCAUGGCACAUAUGAACAACAUAUUAAGAGCAUCGUUGCCUUGCUUAUUUGAAUACCCUUCAUAUGCAAAUAGAAGUAUGACAGUGACUCGUUGUGGAAAUGGAGUAGUGGAGGAGAGAGAACAAUGCGACUGUGGCUCCUACAAGCAGUGUUAUAGCAACCCCUGUUGUGAAAGCAACUGUCGGCUGACUCCUGAGAGCACUUGUGAUAUGGGAGGGUGCUGUACAAACUGUACUUACUCCCCGAUUGGGACACUCUGCAGACCUAUCAUGAACAUAUGUGAUCUUCCAGAGUACUGCACUGGGAACACCUUUAAGUGCCCCGACAACUUUUAUCUGCAAGACGGAACCCCAUGCACUGAAGAGGGCUACUGCUAUAGAGGUAACUGCACGGACCGCAACAUGCACUGCAAAGAAAUCUUUGGUAUGGAUGCCGUAAAUGCUAAUGACGCUUGCUAUACGAUAAAUACUAAAGCAGUCCGAUUUGGACAUUGUAGGAGACUGUACAGUUAUAUAACUUUUAUAAAAUGUGCACCACAGGAUGUUAAGUGUGGAAGGUUGCAGUGCACCAACAUCACUCAACUUCCACGGUUGCAGGAUCAUGUUUCGUUCCAUCAGUCCAUCAUCUCAGGGGCCUUGUGUUUUGGACUGGACUCACACCGUUCAACAGAAACAACGGAUGUCGGACAUGUGAGAAAUGGUACCCCCUGUGCCGAUGGGUUGUUCUGUCUUAAUACCUAUUGCAAUGCACCUCUGUCUGCAAUUAAAUAUGACUGUUUGCCUGAGAAGUGCAGUUAUAGAGGAAUUUGCAACAAUAAAAAAAACUGCCACUGCCAUGUAGGCUGGGACCCUCCGCUAUGUCUAAAACUAGGUUCUGGUGGAAGUGUAGACAGUGGACCCCCUCCAAGGACAACCCGGACCAUAACACCAACUAAAGAAACGGUGGUAUAUUUGAGAGUGGUCUAUGGUCGCAUUUAUGGCUUGAUAUUUGCAUUCCUCAUUGGGUUGGCCACAAAUGUACGCGCUAUCACAAUUACCAAAGUCACAGAAGACGAAGAACAGCCAAAGGAAGACAUGAAAGGUAAAUCCCCUGCGACACCCGCGAAAGAUAAAAGCAAGAAGACAUAG